AGCUCAGUGAAGUAGAAGGUUUGCUCCAGAGCGCCGCGAAGAGACAUGGCGGAAACCGUUCGCUCGCAGUUUGACCGCCGGGAGCCUCUGGCGCUGGACAGGGACAGAGACGGAGAGGCCAGCAAGCUGUCACUGCCUCGGGGACGUGGUUGCAGUAGGAAGAGAAAGGGCACACCGGUGAAAGUGUGUGAUAGAGUGUUCGCCACGGAAGAUGAAGAAGAGAACGCGUUGGAGCACAACUUCGGACCAGGUAAUGAUCAGGAAAGAACAGAGCACAAACACAGACCUGGUUCAUACUGUGCCGCUGAAUCUGCUCAAGCCUGUCAUUCUGAGACAGGGGAGCAGAGCUCCAGCAGCGGGAGAGGAGGAGUUCUCUACCCGCCACCCAACUGCCGCAUCCGGGAGGUGCACUGUGGCAGUCAGGUGCGGCUGGUCGUCGUGGCGAUCCGCGACAUCACCAAAGGCGAAGAAAUCACUGUUGACUACAACCCGAGCGAGUGGGGGGAGAAUGCCAUGACGAGGGGUUUAUCAAACUCGGCGCCCGCUGCAGGAAGCGAGCCGCCUCCUGACAAUGAGAAGAACGUUAAGAAGGAAGAGGAGUCUGGUCCGGGAUCGGAUUAUGUUACUCCCUCCUGGUCUCUCUCUCCUAAAUCCUCCCAGCUCUCUCACUCCGAGCUCAGCGACUCAGACGGUGCAGAGCCACGUAGCCGGACGCCUCGCAGGCGCAAAAAGCAUCGCAAAAUAUCCUCCGCAGUCGCUGCUAACCCUAACGCUAACCUUAACGACAAAAAGAAACUGUCCCAUCCCCCGCCUCAACGGCCACCGGGCCGGCCUCCGUCACAACCUCUGCCUCACUCCUUGCCCUCAUGUCCCCCUCAGCCUCCUGCCCCUUCCAGGCCUGUGUUUAAAUGCCCCGCCCCUGCCGGCGUAGGGGGCAGCACCGUUAAUGUCAGCGCAGGUAGAGGUGUGAGCCCUGUGAUGCAGAAGCAGUGCUGUGUGUACUGCGGUCGCCAUUACCGCUCUCUCCAGCGGCAUCUCGACAAACACCACACCCACCAACCUGACGUACGUGCAGCCAUGUUGAAAUCACAGGGGUCCGCCCACCUGCCUCACCUUCACGCUUCUUUGCCGUCAUCUUCCUCAUCCUCUUCCUCCGCCUCGGGGCACAAUCGCACCCACAGAGACGCCAUGGGUAUACCCGCACAGCAGUCUCCAUCCCCUCCCCCUCCUUCCUCUGUUUCUCCAGCCAGAAAGAGUCCUGCUCUUACAAUUCCCUCCCCUCGUAAAAGCCCCGAACUUCCCCCUCCCACUACACCCCCCAGAAGGGGAGGCGGUGUCCCUGUCUCGGUUCUGAAGAGAAGCCCACCCACACCGGCGACUCCGCCCCGGAAAGCAGGACGCAAGAAGAAAGAGAAAGAAGAUCAAGAUGUGAUUGAGAAAAUGAAAGAGGAGUUUGUCGAGGUGUUGAAGCAGGUUGAAGACCCGAAAAUGGAGGAAGAUGAGAAUGAGGAAGAAGCAGAGGAAGAUGAUGACAGCAGUUCAGAAGACAAGAGCGACCUAUCCAGUUCUCGCCGUCCCCACAUGCUGCCCCUGCUCUCGUCUCUCUCCUCGCUUGUCCUGUACCUUCGGCGUCUCCAGCACUCAGCCUUCAUCUCUCUCUCACGUUCCCCACAGUCAGCCGAAGCCUGGCGUCUGCUCUGCCACUCCAGCCUGGCACUUCUCAUCCUCUAUAACCGCCGCCGUGAGUGUGAGGUCUCCAAACUCACCAUCUCCGAAUACCAGGCUCGGGUGUCCCCUCAGUCCUCUGCCUCGUUCCCCUCUGGUGUUCUUACCCCCCUCGAGGCCUCCCUUUCCCCCUUUGAGAGGCUCGUUCUGCCCCAUCUCCCUCGCAUGGGUGUCCAGGGCAAACGGGGACGAGUCCAGCCCCUAAUUCUGCCCCCUCACUCCGAACAUUGCCUAGAGCUUCUUUUGCAAACAAGGGCAGGAGUCGGAGUGGAUCCCCAGAACCUGUAUGUGUUUGCUCGGCCGUACCAUUCUCCCGCCACCCCUCUGAGGGGUACAGAUCUGCUCCGAAACUUGGCCAAGUCGAGCGGAACGCGACACCCGAGGGCACUGACCCAGACGCGCGUUCGCCGACAAGUCGCGAUCCUUACCCAGUUACUGAUGCUAAGCGAAGGCGAAGAGGAGGGACAUCGCGGGGCCGCACAGCAGAGAUUAGAAAACUUCCUCCAGAAAGAGUACCAUGUGACCCAGAGCUGCGCCACUAUUGGCCAAGAUCCAGGGCUCAUGGGACUGAUUGGGCGCGUGGUACUAUGUGGGGAGAGAGACGGCGUACUAUUCCGAGGAAUGAGCCUCCAUCAUAUCUGUCUAGAGCUGGAUGUAAUGUCAGGAAAUUCUGCAGAUUCUUUGUCUGAGGAAUCAGAUGGAGAGCAGGAGAAGGACAAAUGCGAAUCUUCUCCCAUCAUGAUUAAAAAGUCCUCCAGUGGCACCAAACUUCCUCGGCUCAAGAAGAUGAGCGGCUCUCCCUUCUCUACCAGCCGCAAGAGAGGUUCAGGACAGCCCAAACCAGGUAAGCGCGGCGUCCUGAAGCGUCCAUGGUCUGAGGCGGAGCGGGCGGCGGUGGAGUCCCACCUGGUGCGGAACAUCAUGGAGCUGCGCGUCCCUGCUAAAGCAGACUGCGAGCGCUGUCUGGAACAGUGUCCACUCCUGGUCACCAACCACAGAGACUGGAGAGCCAUCAAGUUCUACUGCCACAACCGCAUCCAACUGCUGAAAAAAACCCAGCAGAGACAGAGCCCGCCCACCCUGUCUGUCCGCUGAGAUGGCCAAUCACAAAGCCUGCUAGGGAAAGGGGGGAGGAGUUAGAGGCAGGGGGAGAAUUAAAGGAGUUUUUUUUUAAACCAGACUAAAGCUGUACAGAUGUGAAGGUGAAACUUGUUUGUGUACAAUCAAAAGAUGUUUGUAGUUAGGAAGUCCACGAGACUAGAAGUGUCUGCGAUUCUGCACAGUGAUGAAGAUUACCCUAGAAACAUUUUUUGAUAUCGAAGGGGAAAAUGUGUCCUGUCAAUAUUGUUAAAAUUCUGUACAUCAUGAUGCUGAAUGUGCAUCACAAAAUACCAUCAGUACAGGAAUGUUUCUGUAGGAUAAAGUGGCUACUGUACCCCCUAUGCUCAAUUCACAAGCGUAUCGUGAUGUUUAUAUAUCACAAUAGUGAUUAAAACGGUCGUAUCGCCCAGCCCUAUUGUACUAUACACACAACACAACACUAAUUUCUCUGAGUUAGUUCUAAAUACUGCUUCUAUUUAUUGACCAGUCUGAACAUUUCAGUGGUGCUUUUUCCUCGUGAGCGACGCCAAAACAAAGCACAUUAUGUUUCAGAAGAGAAGUGCCCCCUGAUCCGUGGCAUCUUCGGCAUUUACAGCCGGACGCCGACAAACGUCCUGUCUGUCUUCACUGUCAGAGCGUGUCCAGUCUGCAGCGUUACUUUAGACACAUUUCCUUCUGAAAACUUUUUUCUGGGAAAAGAAGAGCCAUGCAUGAAAGAAGGAAAGAAAACAAGGUGAAGGAUUAAAAAAUAAAUAAAAAACGCUCAUCUAAUCUAAAUCUAAUCUUACAUUUAAUGCACGCAUUUCUCCUUCAUCUGUAGGAGUUCAGAGCUCUCUUGACUGAACAAAAAAAACUUGACUCAUUUGCUUUAAGAGAAACAGUACAGACGCACAGCAGCACGUUAUUUUUAUACUUUCAUGAAGUAAAUUGAGGAACAUUCAGCUUUUGUUUGAGCUGGUGGGUCUGAUUGCUUAAACCUUUUAACAUGGUGAUUGGAACCGAGUCCAAAAAAAAGCUCGGAUCUUCUUUCAGAAUAGAACGUCAGCUCAGACGUUCAGAGUGUAGGGUCCUAGAACUGUAUGGAGCCGGUUCUAGAAACCUGGAUCCGAAUGGGAGUUUCUUUUUUUCUUUUUUUUCUUCUUAAUGUUUAGACUCGGUUCUAGAUCUAGGAUAUCAGCACAGAUGUGUAGAUUGUUAGAUCGUUAUGAUCUUAAAACAGAACAGAGUCAGAGCAGGUUCUACGUAUAAUAGUAGCACAAAGAUUAGAACAGGAUGGACAGAACAGAGUCGGCUCUCGAGCUGUUGCUUUAACUUAACACUUUGAGAUGCGACGGAACGUGAAGUGUUCGAUUGAUACAGAGCUAGAACCGGUUUGAACAGGGUGUUUAGACCAGUCUUUGUUCCAGUUCUAGAAAACCAGUUCUUCUAGGACAGAACGCCAGCUCAGAUGUUUUCAGUUGUUUAUGAUUCUAGAAUCGUAGUGUAAAGCUUUAAUGUGUAGAACAGUUGGUUGGUUCUAGUUAUAGAACAGCAUUUUAAAUGUGUUGGAGUUUUGAACCAUAGUACAAACAACAUUCAGAUUAUCGUCAUUUCCAGAACAUUUUAAUUAAGCUUUUAGAGCAAGGACGUUAGAACGAUGGUUCUAGAAGAGCAGUAUAGAUCCUCUAAUGGGAUGUUUAGAGCAGUCAGUGUUCUGAUUCCAAAGCAAAACAGAGCUUGUUGGAGUAGUUCUGGAGGAUAGAGUAGAGUUGGCAUUGGUACAUGAUUAUUGAACAGCAGUGACAAUGUAGAACCCGGUUCUAGAUCAUAGCCGAAGACAUUUCAACAUUUCUUUUUUUUUUUUUGAUAAACUGUUUGUUUGCAAAUAGACAACAAUAGAAUGUUUAGAGCAGUGCCUGGUUCUAGAGAGGCAGUUUAGAUCAUUCAAACUGAAUGUUUCGGGUGGGUUCCUGUUCUAGAGCAGGAUCUCAGACAUUCUGUGAGGAGAUUUUAAAUGCUACUAUGGUUCUAAACCAGUAGUUUAGAUGUUCUAUUGGUUCUAGAGCAGUACUCAGAUGUUAUUGUUUUUAUAACAGUAACUUGGAUAGUUCUUCAGAACAUACAGAGUUGGUUCUGGUUCUAGAGCAGGAUCUCAGAUUUCUUUUAAACAGAUUGUUCAGAGUAGGUUGUCUCAAAGUAGUAAAUCGGUUCUAGAACAGUAGCUUGGAUAGUUGAACAGAGUGGGUUCUGGUUCUAGAGCAGUAACCCGAGACAUUCUAACAGAGUGUUUAGAGCGAAUUCUGGGUCGUGUAGGUGCGUGUAACUGUUGCUUAACGAGGUUGAUUAAAUGAGCUUUACAUCAGUAAGUGUGUGUGUGUGUGUGUGUGUGUGUGUGUGUGUGUGUGUGUGUGUGUGUGUGUGGUCUGAUUCUACUCUUAAGACUUUUUUUAUAUGAAACAUGUAACCACACUUAACACCUCAGUUUACACAUAAAUUAUUUAACAGUGGAUAUUAUUUGUGUAGCUUUUUUUUGUCUUCAGUUCUUUCUCCAUUCUCAUUGUACAUACAAAUUUCUAUAAUUCUAUCACUCUGUCCUGGUGGUUAAUAAUAAUUAAUAAUAUUAAUAUGAUUCAUCUUCGUGUUUUCCAUCGUCUUUAUAGUUUUUGCUGUUUGUUUUUUCUCAUUGCUUUGUUUUCUUAUAUAAACCUGUAAAAAUUCUAUGUAAAUAUAUAUGUAUAUACAUAUGAGGAACAAAAAAAAAAAAACGAAAGAACACAUGAAUGUAAAUACAUGAAUUGUCUGGUGUUGUUUAUUUUUUUUUU